UCCACCAGAUCCCCUGAGCUACGUAUGUUCCGUCGUAACCCUGAGCUUGGCACUCCCAGCAAGUUAAAAGCCAAAUCCCUCGAUGAUCUGUCCUCUACUAUUAGCGCCUACCUUCCUACAGCUACUUCCUUGGUCAACCACUCCAUCCUCUCCUCCUUUGUUCACACAGCACUCCAUCCCCUGUCCCACUUCUCUCAAGUGACAAGACAACCCCUUCCCUCACUUGAUACCAAAGAACGUUGUGGUUCACCUUCCUCAGAUCAAGGUUCCUAUAAUGAGCCAGUGUCCCCUCUACCCCUCCCUUCUUUUUCUCUGGACUCGAGUUGUGACACUCUGGAAGUUACCAGAGAGACUGAGUAUGGGGAGUCCAUUCUCAGCACCACGGCCGAAGGAUUCCCCCAGUCUACUUUCAACUUUGCCUCUACCACACUGGAGGAAGCUAAAGAAAGUGGUCCCCCUUGGGAUAAGAUUGUAGUGUCCACCCCUGCUGGACCUCAGCUGGAAGUACACUCUCCCAUAACCCAGGCUAUGAUAAGAGCCAGCAUCCCUCAGAAGGUGAUAAUGACUCCACGUAGCCGUUGCCCAAUCAUUGUCAACUCAACUACAAGUUUAUCCAGUGUCAUCAUUCCCGAGGAGAAGAACUCCCACUCUCCCAUUUCCCUUGACCAGAAAAGGGAGCAAAUAGGUACAGGUGGUGAGAACCUUCACACCUCGCCUGUGAUCGUCAACUCAACAGCUCAGCUCACCUCCCCACUAAGGCCUAUCCAACCGCUGGCAGAUUCUACAAACCUCGGUAUUGUUACUCCAGAACUUGGUAAAAGAUAUUCUAAUAGUGAAUUGGAAAGUGAAAACAAUGAAAGUAAAAACCAUAGAACCUCAUUUGGCUGUAAGAAGACCAGCAGAGAAAAUAAACUAAGUCGUUGGAGUUCAUCGUCCCUUCGUCGCACUCUGAGUUCAGCAAGUUCAGGCACCUCUCUCUUUGGUGGCUUUUUUCGCCACUUGAGUACUUCUUCCUUGGCUCAGUUAGCCACGAGACUCACUUCAUCUUCGUCUCUUCAAGAUCCAGAGGAAGAAGAAGAGGAAAAUGGAGAGAAGGAAAGCAGUGAUGAGUUUUUGAUAGAGGAAGAUGAAGUAAUGAAUGAAUCUUUAUCAAGCGUCUUUAAAGAUUAUCUUCUUAGCCGUAGCAUACUCACUGACAAUCCAAUUGAUUUAUCAACAAACUGUUUGGAUAAUGAAGACUUCGAAGUAUCUGAAAUGGAAAAUGGGAACUCUUUGUCAGGUGUGAAUCCUGAAGGACAAGAGGAAGGUGAGGAGAACCUCGGUGAUUCUGCAUACGGUGACUCACAACCUCCAAGUAAGUGCACCUCACGGCAGUGUUCCAAAGCUUCUUUGGGAUCUCUUGAUUCUGCUCUUGACUUAUACCCCAAUACAGAUCUCUCCCAGUCUUUGUUAUACUGUUUAGAUGGAAAUAACCCUUUAUCUCCUAGUUCAGAGACAGAUUGUGUCAAUUGUCAGACAAGGAUACAUAAUGAUUCAGUGACACACACUCACAAUUCAUUCUUCCAAAAGAAAGAUGAAACUGAAGCUGAACACUUGUUAGGGCUCCAUUCAUGUUCCCCUGACAGUCGUCGUGAAUCUCUCCUCAAAACCAAACAGGGCACGCCGGUCCCACACCGAGAGAAGAAAUCCCCUGACAGUGUAAGCAGUGCUAAAGGAGUGUUGUUUGAAACUUCAUUUUGAUAUUUAAUGUGGCAAUAAUUUUUCUUUGGUUACAUGUCUUUAAACAUAUGUGAGUACUGUACCACAACUAGCUUAAAUAUAUAUCAGCUGCCCUUGUAAGGAAGUACAGUAGUUUUUCUUUUAAUAGAUGUAUAAAAGUACAUAUAGUUAUUGGACACAGAAGGCGACAAAUCUUGCAUGUUCCUAUUUCCAGGAAAACUGAAAAGUUAAGAGUAUCACUUGCUUCAGUGGUUUUCUUUGUCACAGCCAUGAGCCACUCUCUUCUUGGUUAUCUUCACUGAGUGUCAUUCUUAUUCUUAACAUUCAGUACAAUUAAAAAUGAAUUUGAGACACUUAUUGCUAUCAUUUAUUAUAUUUAUCUUUUACUUACUGAAUUCUGUUUAUAAAAGGUUAUUUUGAAGUGUUUAACCUUAGAAUACUUUAUCAGACAAAUGAUCUCUUACUUAUUUCUCAUCCCAGCUGUCAUGUUUGUAAUGUAACUUGACUUGUAUCUCAGCAUGGCAUUACUGUAUAUCCUUAAGUAUAUUUAUAGGAUAUUAUGGCAUAGUCAGUCCUUCUUGUGACAACUCUUGAAAGAGAUUUUUUUUUAAGAGCUCAGGUAACUAGUAAACAUGAUCAGAUUCUUCUAACCAUAGUGUUAAGGGCAGUGGCGGACUGGCCCACCGGAAUACCGGGAAAUUUCCCGGUGGGCCCCAAAGUGAUGGUUCCUUUGACUACGUUUUGGGAUUAAGUGGGCCCUUUUACAAGUUUCCCGGUAGAAAUUUUUGACCGCUUCCGCCACUGGUUAAGGGUGUUUAGAGAUGUGUUUAACUUGAGGCAAACUCACACACACAAUCUAGUUGACUGUGACUUCUAAUUUGUAAAUAACAGGGUUAUAAAGAUAGUUAUGUGAUGCCGUGCCAGUGACCUCACAUCCCAAUAACAGUUCAAGAUGUCACUGACAUGGUUGAACAAUUAUUGGAAAAUAAAACCAACAUUGUUAUUUUCCUUUACUAUUGUGUGUGUUUUAGGGUAGUGGUUACAUAUAAUCAAAGGUAGUACUGUACAGGUAUACCUCACUAUAUAUUGACUGUGCAUUCUUGAAAAGCAUGACAUUUAGUGAAGCAACAUAGAGUAAGUGAACACGAGUUUACCAUAGACCUAAUGUAUAAAUAAGGAUUGUGUUCUGGGAGACAUUUUGGGCCAAAAGUUUCUCAUUCAAAUAUGAAUUAAAUACCUAAAUUAUAUUAUUAUAAGUUAAAAUUAAUAUUUGAUAGAAAAUGCACAUCUGUCAGAUAACACUUAACUGAAACAGUUGAGGAGAAGUGAAAAGAGGCCAGCUAGGAUAGGGAGUGGUAGUGUUAUCAAGGUAAAGUGGCAAGAUUGCUUGUCUCUUCAUCUAAGGAUGGAUGUUUAUGUUUAACUUAUUGACCCAAAGACACCUGGAGAGCUUUCUUCUGCCUAAUUUAACCUCUAGAUUAAUAAUUUUCUUAGGUUUUUCUUACCAGAGGCAAAAAUAUCACAUGCAGGGCAUUUUGCUCUAAUUUUAUUGGGUUUUGAUAUGGUAUUAACUCACUCUAAAAAACGAACUCUAGCAAAUAUGGCAGUGAUGGAUAAACUGACAGAAGGAAGAGGAUGAGAUGGAGAGAUUCAGUGGCUGUUUAAGAGUUCUAAAACUUCCCCAAAUCCACUGCCCGCCGUUGUGUUUUUGUACUGUAGUAGUUUUUAUUAAUAGUAUUAAUAUUAGCAUUAUUCAACAACUUAUAAGUGAAAUAACAUAGCAAGGCAAUGUAUAGGGAAGUAUACCUGUAUACAUGUGUUAGAAAAUUAUUAAUAGUGAUAGCUUGAGCAUGGUGCUUAGAGGGUUCAGAACAUUCUCACUGACAGCUUGAGGGAGGGUGUAAAGUUAAUUUGAGAGUUAGAUGAAUCUUUUAUGAGAAUAUUACUGAAUGCCUUCCAGACCUUAAUCAGUAUUUAACUUUAUUAAAAGACAUUCUUAUGAAACAUAAGUACCUUUUCACUUGAAGUAUGAAUAGUACUAGUUACUUACAAACGUAAUAUAUAUGUAUGUGUGUUUACUAAUAUUUCCCCGAUUAAAAAGAUACAAAACCAUUAUUUUUGUUGCCUGAUGACUGGCCAUUUGUUAGAGCUUCUAUAUUGUUGAGUAAUAUUGUACUUUUUAAGUAUUAUGUAUUUUGCCAAAGAUGACAUUGAUCCAAGCUGUGUAUUGAAUUGAGAAGGAUCAACUUAGUUUAUAUAUCAUUAAAAAAAAAAUUGUGACAUGUUGUAUGUAUAGGAUAUUUCCAGAGUUCCUCCAUGUAUGUGCCUGCAGUUCUUUAAAGAGGUAGACACCAAAACAACGAAUUGUAUGCUGCACCACAUAACUUCUGCUGCACCACAUAACUGUCUGCUGCUCCACAUAACUGUCUACUUCACAUAACUGUCUACUUCAUCACAUAACUGUCUACUUCAUCACAUAACUGUCUACUUCACCACUUAAUUGUCUACUUCACCACUUAACUGUCUAUUUCAUCACAUAACUCUCUACUUCAACACAUAAAUGCCUAAUUCAUCACAUAACUGUCUACUUCAACACAUAACCUGUCUACUUCAUCACAUAACUGUCUACUUCACCACAUAACUCUACAUCAUCACAACUGUCUGCUUCACCACAUAACUGUCUACUUCAUCACAUAACUGUCUACUUCACCACAUAACUGUCUACUUCAUCACAUAACUGUCUACUUCACCACAAAACUGUCUACUUCACCACAAAACUGUCUACUUCACCACAUAACUCUACUUCAUCACAUAACUGUCUACUUCAACACAUAACUCUACUUCAUCACAUAACUCUACUUCAACACAUAACUCUACUUCAACACAUAACUCUACUUCAUCACAUAACUCUACUUCAUCACAUAACUCUACUUCAACACAUAACUCUACUUCAUCACAUAUCUGUCUACUUCAUCACAUAACUCUACUUCAACACAUAACUCUACUUCAUCACAUAACUGUCUACUUCGCCACAUAACUCUACUUCACAUAACUGUCUACUUCAUCACAUAAUUCUACUUCAUCACAUAACUGUCUACUUCACCACAUACUCUACUUCACCACAUAACUCUACUUCAUCACAUAACUGUCUACUUCACCACAUAACUCUACUUCAUCACAUAACUCUACUUCAUCACAUAACUGUCUACUUCACCACAUAACUCUACUUCACCACAUAACUGUCUACUUCACCACAUAACUCUACUUCAUCACAUAACUGUCUACUUCACCACAUAACUCUACUUCAUCACAUAACUGUUUACUUCACCACAUAACUCUACUUCAUCACAUAACUGUCUACUUCAUCACAUAACUCUACUUCAACACAUAACUCUACUUCAUCACAUAACUGUCUACUUACACAUAACUCUACUUCAACACAUAACUCUACUUCAACACAUAACUGUCUACUUCGCCACAUAACUCUACUUCACAUAACUGUCUACUUCAUCACAUAAUUCUACUUCAUCACAUAACUGUCUACUUCACCACAUACUCUACUUCACCACAUAACUCUACUUCAUCACAUAACUGUCUACUU